AUGACUCCAGUCUUCAUCCUCCUCCUCCUCCUCGUCUCUCUGAGCGCCGCCCCGUCUGUAAGUCUGACUCUUUUAACUCUAUUUCAAACAUCACCGAUCAUCAUAUUUGUCCAAAUGUUGCUCACAGAUUCUGCAUUUUUUUUAGUGGGUUUUUUAGAGAUUAAAUACAAUUAAAAAGGGGAAACUCUACAAUCUCACUUACUCUUCAAUUCUGAAUAAAAAUAUCUGCAUCAUUCUGGAGAGAGGCAGAAAAUUCUGUGAGGUUAGAGUGAAAUAAUAUUUAAUACGCUGGUAUGUGUCUAUCUGCAGCGGGCGAAUGAUGAACUCAGUGUUGCACUCAAAGAGGAAGUCAAUGACAAACCUGAACUCAAUGAAGUACUGGAAAACCAACUCGGUGAUGAGGUAAAAGAAGAAGUCGGUGGUGAGGUUCAAGAAGAAUUCAAAGAUGAGGUCGAUAACCAGCUCGAUGACAAACUUGGUGAUGAGGUUCAAGAUGAGGUUAAAGAAGAACUUGAUAACCAACUCGGAGAUGAAGUUAAAGAAGAACUCGGAGAUGAGGUUCAAGAAGAACUCGGUGAUGAGGUUAAAGAAGAACUCGGUGAUGAAGUUCAAGAAGAACUCGGUGAUGAGGUUCAAGAAGAACUCGGUGAUGAGGUUCAAGAAGAACUCGGUGAUGAGGUUAAAGAAGAACUUGAUAACCAACUCGGAGAUGAAGUUAAAGAAGAACUCGGUGAUGAAGUUAAAGAAGAACUCGGUGAUGAGGUAAAAGAAGAAGUCGGUGGUGAGGUUCAAGAAGAACUCGGUGGUGAGGUUCAAGAAGAACUCAAAGAUGAGGUCGAUGACCAGCUCGAUGACAAACUUGGUGAUGAAGUUCAAGAUGAGGUUAAAGAAGAACUUGAUAACCAACUCGGAGAUGAAGUUCAAGAAGAACUCGGUGGUGAGGUUCAAGAAGAACUCAGUGAUGAGGUUCAGGAAGAACUCAAAGAUGAGGUCGAUAACCAGUUCGAUGACAAACUUGGUGAUGAAGUUCAAGAAGAACUUGAUAACCAACUCGGAGAUGAAGUUAAAGAAGAACUCGGUGGUGAGGUUCAAGAAGAACUCGGUGGUGAGGUUCAAGAAGAACUUGGUGAUGAGGUUCAAGAAGAGCUCAAAGAUGAGGUCGAUAACCAGUUCGAUGACAAACUCGACGAUGAGUUUCUGGGUGAAUUCGAUAACCAACUGGAGGGGGAAUUCGUUGAUGACCUCCUGGGAGGUGAGUGUUUCUGUGGAAACCUCCUCGUGUUUUUCAAUGAAAGUUUUUCUAAUCAGUAAAUCAGCUGGUUCUGGUUCCUGAGACCCGGUUUCCUCUGUUUGCUUCUCCAGAUGUCUCUGAAGUCAUUGAAAACGUAAACACCGGCAGUAAGUCAGCUUUAGAUCUCUUCGACUUUAAACACCAGCACGUAUAAAACUAGACGCCCUUGUUUGAAAAAUGUCACGUUGUUGUUUUUCGUUCUUCUUCUGCAGAUCCCAAACUGGUUCACGGAGACAUUUUGCCCAAUUUGAGGAGGAAUGCGGUCCCCUGUACGGCGUACGGCUGCAUGUGGCCCAAAACUGGAAGAACCGUCUACAUACCCAUCGUUAUCUCGUCCUCGUACAGUAAGUCUGAGUGACCUUUGACCCCUGAGAGUCUGACCUCGUGCACAAACUCGUCAUAUCCUCUGCUGAUACAUAUGUGUAGAAUAAAAACGGGAUUAUCUGAAGUUAAGAUAAAGAAAGUGUUCUGGUUCUGAUGGUUCUGAUACGGGUCAGUUAAUGAUCUCUUCAUCACACGUGCUCACCUGUAUCAGAUACCUGUCUGACUCACACUCUUCUUAAAGCAACAGCGUCUGUGCAGAAUGAGGUCAAACACACAUGAGACCGAAAACUCAUAAUGAGCAUUAAUAUAACAAUAAUAUAAUCCAGGACCUGAACAUUUAUUCUCAAUUUGAUAUUUACAAACCAUUUUUUAAUCUAUUUAAACUUUUCUUUAACUUCACACAAAUGUAUUCAAACUUUAUCCUCACAUAUAAACUUGAAUCAAGAGUAUUUAAUGAACUUUAAAUGAUGAUUCUUCAUUUAUUCCAAAAAUUCAACUUUCACUUCUUUUCUUAAACCUUCUUCUGAUAAGAGAUUUAGACUUUUCCUCUUUAAGGAGCCAAACCAGGAGUUAAAAAGGUGUAAAGCAGGUCUUAUCCACUAGAUGUCACUCUUAGGCUUAAUUCAUGCCGAUGUAGAAACUUACAUUACAAAUAAUAAAGUUUUGAUUCUACACAUUCACAUUUUCACCAACAUAGUCGAACUCUGGAGUAGGAUACACAGACCUGACAAAUAUAAACUGAGAUUUUAAUUGUUUAAAUUUUAUUCCUUAUAAAAAAAAAAACUAAAAACAAAUUUUUAAAGAAAUAUUUUCCCAAGUUUUGACUGAUCCUUUUCCAACAUUAAACCUCUUUAUUUCUUUUGAGACUAGGCUGUUUAAUAGGGCUGGAAAUGUGGGAAAGAACAAGAAGCUUUUGACCAACUUUGAGCAGUUUUAGAUUAAAUUAAUGUCUUUAUUCCUUAGUAUUAAACUUAAAUUAAUGUUCAAAUAUAAUCAAACUGUCGGUCACCUUAUCCUGACUUUAACUACAAAAGUCUGAGAGCUAAUAAAACUUCAUUGAUUAAUUUUGGACUUUGAUUCCUGAUAUUCUGAUUUUUUACAACUUUCAUCCCAAAUGUAGAAUUCAAGUAAACACAAACUUUGCAGAGACGAGCUAAAAAGAGGCGACAACACGGUAAUAACCUGAUACAGCAAAAUCAAGAAGAGCAGGUCAAAGUGUUGAAUCAUCGAACGGUUCCAAACUUUCAUUUCCUACAUUUAAAUCUGAAUAAUUAUUCUCAGUUAUGAAGAAUUACAUUUGAGCUUUAAUUUACGAUAUUCAACUUUAUUCUCGUUUCUGCUCGACUUCCUUUUUGUGUGAUUUGAAUUUAAUGAAUUAAAGGGAAACGACAGACACAGUUUCACAUCAGGAUUAAAAGGCGAGGGUCUGAAGUGAGAGAGAAGGAUCAGGAGAGCUGAAAAUCUGAGCGGCUGUUCGACUUUUAGGGUGAAAACUUCUGUUUCUUUUUCUGUGCAGCAACUCAGGAACGAAACGCCAUCAUUCAAGGGAUAGUGAGCUUCCACAAAAGCACCUGCAUCCGCUUUUUCUGGAGACGCCCUUCAGACCGGGAUUACCUCUUCUUCUUCUCUGGAAACGGGUAGGAACACAAACACACACAAAAAAACACACACUUUUUGUUUGUGCAUGAUGUGUUUAAAGUGUGAUGAUAACAGACCACCUGUGUGUGUUUCAGGUGUUACUCUUACCUGGGCCGUCAGGGCGGGGCUCAGAGGAUCUCCCUGAGGAGAGUCGGUUGUUUGUCUCUGAGCACCGUGCAGCACGAGAUCCUCCACGCUCUGGGUUUCCACCACGAACAAGUCCGCUCAGACAGAGACAGUUUCGUCCAAAUCCUGGCCCACAACAUUCAGCCAGGUAUCCUCCAAAAACCCCAAACCGCUUUGUUUCUCAGCUCUGUUCAUGGUUUCGAUUGUUGUCAUGGAAACCGGUGAUCGACCAGGCGAUGACUCUGUGUUGAUACAGUGACUUAUCCUCUGGCAUCUCUCAAUCUAAAUCCAGAGAUCCUCUUUUCCUCUAUUCAGGAUUCAGUAAUCCAGAUCCCUGUCCUGGUUUCUCUAGAAAAUAACUGGAUUGAGGAAAAGACAAUAUAUGUUUAAUGCCUUUUUAAAAGUACAGCCAAAGUGGAUGCAGCUCAAUCAGAUGUAAAUGAUUAAGUGUAAACAUCGAAAAGAGUCUUCAUGAAUAAACAAAUAAAUAAAAAUACAAAAAUAAACUUAAAAAUAAACACAAAGAAGAGGAUAGAUAAAUGAGAUAAACCUGAUCUAAAGACAGACUUUUAAAGAGGAUCAGAUCUGAACUUCACUAUGAAAAAUACAUUUAAAAUGUUUUUUUGUUUGUUUCUUAAAAGUUUGUUUUAAUUAUUUUAAACUUUAAGAAAAAAAGUUAAAUACAAUAUUUAUCAGCCCCGAGGACAAAUCCAGCUUCUGGUGUUUCUGCAUCUCAAAUAUGAGCUCUUUGGGGUAGAGACUCAUCAGUCUUGGACCAACGAUCAUAGUUGGACUGAAUAUCCAGAAUCUUCACCCACACUAACAUCGAAGGAGAGAAAACGCUUUCUACAUUUUUUUAAUCCAACUUUGAACUAAAGGAGGAGAAUCUAGAAGGAUAAUUCUCUGACCUCUAAAAAGUGACUCAUGAUCAGGAGUGAUAGGACUGAGUACUCCAAAGGUCCGGUCUCAAAGGGUUCUUGGUUAAUUUCAAAGGUUCUGCAGGUUAAUUUAUUAUUUGUCUUUCAUAACCGGGUGUUAAAAUAUUGACUGAAAAUAGUUCAACUUUUUUUUCUGUUCCCUGCAGGAAAAGAACAUAACUUUGCACGAGUGGCCACUAACAACUUGGGAACUCCAUACGACUACCAAUCAGUCAUGCACUACAGCAAGUGAGUGUUUCUGAGUGUGUCAGUCUUAUUCCAACACAUCCUUCAGUUUGUCCUCAUGUUGGAAACAAAAACUACAAAUCCCAAAGACUAAACUGAGAAAACCAUCUACUUUGUGUUUUUUUGCACGAAUCAGAACCCUCCUCCGUAGAAGUAAAGAUGUCCCUUUUGUCCUGAUUGUUCACUAAGUGUUGUUUGUGUCGUCUCUCAGGUACGCCUUCUCAAGAAAUGGUCAGCCAACCAUAGUGGCGAGGGGAAACCCCAACAUAGUGUUAGGAAGGGCGAGCGCCAUGAGCAGAAACGACAUCCUUCGUGUCAACAGACUUUAUUGCUGUGAGUCAAACUGACAUGAACCCAAAACACUGAAAAUAUGACCUCUGAUUCAGGACGGAGGAAAAUAAAUCUGUUUGUUCAUUUUCUUAAUCUCUCUUUUUUUACAGGACCAGCAAAUCAGUGAAUGAGCAGAAAAAUGAAACUUCAGAUCUGCAGAAGAUUUCUACAAAGUAACACGGUCUUAAAUAUCAAACAUUGAAAUUCACCUUUUUAUAACCAGUUUCCACCUUUACUCGCUGCCUUGCUCCUGUUUGCAUGCUGUCUUAUUAAGGAUCUGCUCAUAUUGUGCAAAAAUAUCCGGUUUUAGUUCAGUGAUAUAAACAACUACUGUGCACGCAUUCAACAUCUGUGUAAAUUCAGACACUCUCUGUCAUGUUUUUAAAGGUAGAACUUUUUAUUCUUAAAUGAACUUUUGAUUUUGGAUGGUUGUUCAUAGUUUAGUGGGAAAAUAUAUUUGUGAUAGCAGAAUUUGGAAAUGCAAAGAUAAAAUGUAAUGCAAACUUUUAAAAGGAAAGCGUUAAAGUGAAUGAUGAAAUCCAGAAAAUAUAAAAUAUUAAAAAUGGCUAAUCUAUAAAGCACUUUUAAAAAGCUGUUAAAACAGAGUAUUAAAAAUGUAAAUGAGGAGGAAGUGAAAAACAGGUAAAAAUAAUGAGAUAAGUUAUAAAAGGUCAGUUUUAAAAUACAAGUACAAAAGUUAAAGUGUGGAGUAUGAUUUUAAAAAGCUCUUAUUUUAAGUGUAAAAAAACAAACAAAAAGUUUAAAAUUGUGAUUUUUUUCAUUUGGCAUUUUUGAUCGUUUUCUCUCAGUUUGCUCGUUUUCCUCUGCUUUAGUGGUUUUUAACUUUAAUCAUGAGUAUGGGGGUUUGGAGCUGCAGUGUCAUCUUAUGAACAAUAGGGGGAGCUGACAGCAAACUGCAGUAAAAAAAGAGAUUGUGGUUUUGUGAAGAUCUGUUGGAGAAUUUCAUGGAUUUUUCUCACAGAAGUGUCAGAUGUUGUUCGUCUCUUUAUGUUGAUCGGCUCGUCUUUGUCUUAAUAUUCUGUACUUUUGAUGAAAAACUCUGUUUUUCCUUUUUCACUCUGCGGAUCUGAAUGGUAUUUACAAACAGGAGGAAUCAGCUGUUGUUGUUUUCUGGCGGUGGUGGUGGUUGGGGAUUUCUUCCUGUUUUUUAUUUUUUUUUGUCUGUUGUACAUAAAUAACUAAAAAUAAAUAUAUAUGUUUAUGUUCCUCAAAGCCUGUCCUCGUCAUUUUUACAGUACAUUACUGUAUUUCUUGGCUGUUUUACAGUAGUUUCAUGUUGCUUGUAUCAUUAUCUCAAACUCUGCCACUUCUGAUCCACCUUGUUUUGACCCGUGCAUGUCUGUACAUGUGCAGAGCCACAAUCCUGGGCGUCACCCCCCAUGGAGUCACGCAGCCUUGUUUAGUCUGUACACCCCUCCUCCUGGAAUCUUACCUAUAGAUUUUGUAAUAUGCUUCCGUCUCUCUUUACAAACAGUUGAAUCAAAAGUUCAGAUUUUUUCAUUGGAAGUUCUCACUGUUUGAUGAUAUUAAUACUGAAAACACGAAUCUAGAGCAUCAACAGCUCGCCUGGAAAAAAUAUGUUUAAAUCUUUAAGAAAAACUGAGAAAUACCUUUAAAAUCUCAAAGUGUCACAAACAGUAAAUGACAUUUUUAUUUGACAUGAUAAACUCAAACUAGUACCAAAUUUCCACUGCAUCCGAAACAUCGCAGCUGAUCAUUUCCAUUCAAGUUAAUCUGUCAAUUUCCACAGGCUCCUUUCCGGCCCCUCGUGGUUCAGUGGGCUUCGUCUCCGAUCGCCAGGGUUCUAUUUAGCGUGCCAUAAAAAUACAGCACAGAUUAACCCGUGCUGGAAAGGAAGUCGGGCACAGACACAAAAUAAAACAUCCGGCUUCUUUUCAAAAUAAAACACUCCGUGUUUCAGGCGGAUCGUAUUUCACACCAUGCAGACGUGGUUACUUUUUAGAUAAAGAUAAAUAUUGCACCUCCCCAUGGUCGAUUCCCAAUUUCCAGUAAAGCGUCUGAUCUACUGGUCUGGACAGUUUGGAUUUCCUUCGCUGGAAGGACACAACCAAUUGCUUGUAUGGUCAUAUGGCUGUCUUUACAGAGACAACUCAUUAUCACGUGCGAUUGCAUACGAAUUCCUGGGCGCUUGUGAGUCCUUGCAAUUCCCGCUGUCCGGAAUUUGCCACUAAAUUCGCCUCACAAACGCAUCCAGUGGGACUUAGUUGACGGCAAAAAAUCACCGCCAUUCCGCAGCGGUGCGGUUCCACAUGCAGUAGAAAUUUGGGGUAAGAGUAAUAAGAAUCUGGAGCAUUUUAUCUACAUAUCGGCAGAAUUUCACAGAACACCUGAUGGUCACUGUGUCUCUUUAGCCUGCCUCAGUCAUUAGGAGUACAAGUGUGAUACACUGAAGAGUGACCAACUACUGAUGGGAACCUUUACUGGCAUUUUGAAGAUCAACAGUGGUCCGAGGUUCAAACCCUGAGGGACUCCACUUUUUUAAUGUUGUUCAGACACAAAAUCUACUAAGACUAAAACAGAUUAUAACGAGCAUGAAUCACAUCACACAAUACAGUCAAAUCACAGCUUUUUGCAGUUAAGAAUAUCCACUCACUAAAUGGUCUUUAUCUACCAAACUAAGACCUGUACAGUGACCUAGUUUAAGGUGAGAUACUUCCUCUGUGUACCUGAACUCUUAUGAAUCAUGAGCUCCAAAUGUCAGUUUUAAGUCCUCCGCUCUGACGUCUGCAGAGCUGCUGAGCCUCUUCAGUCUCAUUUUAUCCUCAUUUCAACACACUCAGAGACCUUGAGGUAAUAACAAUAACAACAUGAGUGAAGAAACAGUCCACAGCUGCAUAUUUCUGACACAGAAACUCACCUGAACGUCUGUCUGCUGGACUUAUGUAAGAGUUAGAAGAACGAGUUUCCUGCUAAGUGAGUUUGUUCAUCCGAGGUGAGCGUCUUCAGCGUUCGGACUUACACUGACUUAACUGAUGACAAAAUCUGAACAGUAGCUCUUUAGGAUUGUUGUUUUAGGAUUGUUACAGACAGAGAGUGAGAUCAUGAAUGGAGACUUAUGUAACCCAAAGUUACGUGGACUAGUUUAACAGAAGAAGACAAAACUCCAGGUUUAGAGUAAGGGGUACAGGGAUGGUUAAUGUGAGAGUUUAUUAAUGUAAGACAGUCCUUAAAGUGUGAUGUUAAUUUUAAUAUGGGUUAAAAUGGAUAAAAACAACAACAACAAUAAAACUAACUCAGUCAAAACAAACCGCAGCUCGAUCUCAUAGGUUUAAAAACACAAAACUUAAACUUUGGAGGAUUUUAGUCUUUGACUGUCAAACCUCUUUUUUGGUCAUCUGCUUCUUUCAAAUUUGUUUUUAAAGUUCUUUUAUUUUCUAAUUAAGUUUAACAUGAAUGCCUUUUCAUUUUAUGGCCCAUAUUUUUAACACUGGCUGUAUUUGAGACCAUCUACAGCAUUUUACUGUCAAAUGCAGUUUGCAGUAAAUACUGUGUACUGCCUUGGACAGUAGUUUGCAGUGUAACUGUCAGUCAGCUGUAAUUGUGUCGUAGAUGGUUUCUGGUACACAGACGUAAAUCAUACCCCGGUCAGUUAAGAACAACGCUACAUGACCGUUGUGUUGACCACUGUUUUGUAAAACUAAAUAUAAUGUAAAAUUGUUGUUAUAAAAUCCAAUCAUGUCAAAUAUAAUUAAGAAUUCACUGUAAGUUUAAUAAUUAUAGUUAAAAAUGUUCAAAUCCAUUAAAUGAAAAAAUGCACUCCUUUUUUUUAAUUUAAUGUAAGACAAAAAUUAAAAACCUUUAAAGAAACUCACAGAAAAAAAAAUGUACAAAGAACUUUUUUUUUUAAUUUUUUUUAAUUUUUUAGAGGAACAGUAUUUGAACAUCUGUAAUGCAUUUGUUUAUUCGCCCAAUUUUGCAAUAUCAUAAUGUCCCUAUUAUCUAUUUAUUUGUUUUUGUUUUUGUUUUUUUUUCCUUUUUCUUUGUAAUGUUUGUUUGUUGUUGUUUUUGUCCUUUGCUCUCACAUCAAGUGUUUCUGAAUAGCUUUAAAAAAAAACCUCUCUUCACUGUAAAUCAUGACUGUUUGUGUUUCUGGAGAACAGCUCGGUCAUCGUUUGUCUGCUGAGACAUUUGAACAGAUCUCAUAUAUUUUCUGAGGACCAAGUUUCACUCAGAGUAAAGAAAAAAACUGUUUUACCCUCGAUGUCUCGCAUAUGUGGAAUUCGCUCCAGGAACCAGGAACAGGACCAGAUUGUUCCCCUUUAUACUAUUUCAUGUUUACAGAGUCUGUAUUUAUUCUUUUAUUUUCCUGGAGAUGAUUUGAUCCCUCUGGCUCACUCCUACAGUUUCCCCUUUAAAUAAUGUUCACCUUUAAAAAUGCAGAUUAAAGAAAGGCGGGGCAGUUUCAGGUUUAAAGUCGACUCUGUAGAAAUACCUUGACCUUUUAGUCUGACGCUCCUGUUUUCUGUCGUGGGUCAUGACCAGUCUUCGCCUCUCUCUUCAGGCUGUUUCACAACCUCCUCACAGAAGCUUUAACCGACACUUUACUCAGAAAUGAGAGUUUCCUGGUGUCCACUUAAUCCCUUUUUGUCCCUGAGUGAACAAUGAGUCUUGUCACUUAAAAAUGACUCACUCACUCACCUUUUGUUCUUCUGUGUGCAGACAGACCCAGAGCUGACUGAUGACAGGUGUCUGCGAAGACAGAAAGAUUUUCACUUUGGGUAAAAAUAGCCUUGACCCCGAGAGGAGGAGAGGAGCAGGUUUGUGAAACCCUCUGAGUGAUCACACUGAACUUCAACUGCAUUCAUCAGAUUAAAAAUCCUACAUCCAUAAUCCCUUUUAAUCCCAUUUUAUACUUUCAGUUCAGGGUAUGACUAAAAGGAAAGAUAUCGCCUCUAAAAAGACUGAAGGGUAUUUAAACAGGUAUGUGUGUGAUGUGACGUCCCUGUCUCAAAGUGUUAGCAUCAUUACAAAAAGUGUAACUUUGGUGUCCUGAUGCUGUUUGACUCUCAGCUUCUCCUGCAAAGAUUUCCUCCCAAACAGUGGAAAAUUUUACUGUACUUUACUUUUUUUUUCUCCUUUUUUGUGAUUUUGUUUUAAAUCACUCCAGCCCGGUCCCGAUUUCCUACCGAGCUGGAUGCCUCACACUUCAUAUCUCACUUAAAGGGGUGUUUUCACGGGGCAGGGGUUAAACAAAGAAAAAAGGACCUAAAUGCAGAACUAAGGAUUUAUUUCAGCAAAAGUAAAAAAAGUAAAAGUCCAAAUAAAACUUACUCUCAAAAUGUCCAACUGACAGAUCCAAAGGAAAGAACACGAGGAGCAAAAUCUGAACAAACAAAAAGGCACUGGGGAGACUAAAUGGGGAUCCAAACAUACACCGGCACACACAGACCAACAAACCCACACAAUGAACGAACCAGGACGGAGACUGUAUACACUCUGGGAAAUGAGCAACAGGUGAGGCAGACAGACACAGGUGAAACUCAUUAAUGAAGGUGUAGGUUUGCACGAUAUAUCGUUUGAGCAUCGUCAUCGCGAUGUAUGUGUGCGCGAUAGUCACAUUGAAUUAACUGGUCUAAUUUCAACGGUAGCCGACUGAGAUACACUGCAUGUGACUCUGCAUGUGCUGUGCAGCGAUCCACCAAUCACAUUCGUUCUUUACUCAGUUGCCAAUCAGACUAUCCUGCCAGCCGUCAAUCAAAAUCAGAGAGGAGGAAACCACGCCCCUGCACAUGGCCGGCACAUGGAGUGAGUCGCUACCGUGUUGUUCCGAGAAACGCGUGUCCGCCGAGAAUUACGUUAGGAACAUUACUCAUCGCUGUUUAUCCCCAAAAUUAAGAACUGUAUGGGUUUGAAAUAGUACAUUUCCGUGGACCGCUUUUCUAUAAGCGGUGCGCGUUUUGCCAGGUGCAUGCAAUCCUCGAUGGGCAUGUGUUUCUCAGCACAACAUCGAUAACAACAACAACGAUAACAAAAUGAGAAAGAAUGGAGAAAACCACCGAAGAUGGAUACUUGUUGGUAGAAAGAAAAGCAACGUCACUUACCUUUGAAGAUCAAUGCUUGUUGACAAAAAGAACAGCAACGUCACUUAUCUGGAAUAAUUUCGGUUACGAGAAGGAUGACGUCACCAAACACCUGUUCUGUGUCGGCAGUGCCUUACUUCUGUUUCCACAAUAAAAGCUAAAAAGAUCUCUAAGACAGACAGAAGCCAUUCUACUAACAUUCACAAAAAAGAGGGAAGAUCAGAGCAGGUUAACUGUCCUCAAGAUUUCAGCAGAAACUCAGAUUCAGGUCAUCUGGAGAAAAUUCCUCUAUUUUUUAAUAUCGCAAUAUAUAUAUAUGUCACAUUUUUAACUACGUCUGAAAUUGCAAACCAAAUCCUGCUCUCUAACUGAUAAAAACACAUAAACUAGCAAUGAUUGAGUCCAAAGAUGUUGUAAAUACAUAUACUUUAGUGAAACAGUACACAAACAUUUAUGACAGUUGUAAAGUAUUCAAUGAAACUUUAGCGCAACUUUAAAGAUUUUUGAAUUUUGGCAAAUUGUGAAAAAAGUUGUGGAAGAAUUGUUUUCUAAAAAACUGUCAUAAAAAACUUUAAGAGAAUAAAGUUCCAAAAUUAUGUUAUCAUGAUAUGAGAAGAAAAUAAUUUCGUCAAGCCUCAUUUUGCUGUUUUGAAGGAGGAAACAACACGUCUCAGUUUUCUACUCAGUCUUUUCAGAGUCCUGAUACUUCCUUUACUCUUAAAUUUCACCCACUUUGUGACGUCUGUACCCACCAAAUCCAGUUAUCACAGACACAUCCCACAACAAAUGUCUCUGCCUCCAACAAAAGCAUCAACAAACAUUCUGAAAUAUAUAUUAUGGUUAAUCUAAGAUUACUGUAUUUCUUUGUUUUUCUUAUUCAAUCCCACUAUUACAGACUUGUUUCACAUUAAUACUUUAAAGGUAAUUGGCUGUAUACUGUCAUCUAUCUGUCUCUUUUUUUAAUUACAGAUUGUCUCUACUGUCUCUAUUUUUAUUUGUUAUAUAACAUUAAUUUAGGAGCUGUAAACUAAGAUUAUAUUCAGACAACAGUCCUAUAGGGUAUGGGAAUAAGGUAAUAAAUUCAUCUUCACCUCUGUCAUCAUUCUGUGAUGCAGUUUUUCUGAACAAUGGGUGAUAUUUCUGCCUUUAGGUGGAAUAACCCCUUAAAAAUGCAUGUCACUGUGAAGUCACCUUCCUGGAAAAUAUCCCUCAGCGCAAAAAUUUCUGUUAAGCAACUGGACAUAAGCAAGGUGUUUGAGUGAUGACAGGGAUGUUGGUGAAGGUUCAGACACACCCUGAGAGCCGCCGUCUAUAAAGAGCGAGGAGCUGAACACCUGCAGCAUCCAGCAUCAGGAACUCGACCAGAGAAGACCUUCAACAUGACUCCAGUCUUCUUCAUCCUCCUCUUCUUCGUCUCUCUGAGCGCCGUCCCAUCAGUAAGUCUGACUCUGCUCCUGUGCAUUACGGUCUUAUUUUUAGUUGCACUGGUUUAAGUUGCACACUAAACUUUGUUGUGCUGGUUAAAAUAUUUCCUUUAACAUGCUACAGCAGCUCAAAACUGUCUUUAAGUCGGUCAUAAUGCAUUUAGAUGUUUAUUUUAAUGAGUUUAAUAAGCCUUUAAGAAGCAGAACCGCCACAAUCUCAGCGAUUCUGUAACUAGAAUUAAUUAAAAAAGAAACUGUGUCACUGAUAAAGAUGGGAAACAAGAAAAAAAAACAUGUUUUUUAAUGUGUAUUUUUGUACCUUUGUAUUGCAGUGGGCAGCUGAUGAUAAUGAACUUCUGAAUGGUGAGUUUUUAUGAUUAUUUUUAACCUUAAUUUAGCCCUCCAAAAUCAUUGAAGUUUUCCUCAUUUACUAUGAUGUCAAGAUACAGAUUUGACAUUAAACAGGCGUGGAAGGGAUGAACUGUAAAUGUGGAAUUUCCCCUUCUGGGACUAAUAAAGGAGUAUAUUAUCUUAAGUUGAAAAAAAAAGUAAUAAUUUAACACAGUUUGAAACAACAGGAUAAUGGUCUGUCAUUAACAUCUCCAAAUGUCAAUUUUGAGACUUAGAAUAACUUAAAUAAUAACUACACAUUUUUGGAGCGUCAUAGCUAAAAGCACAUUUUCCAAAUUCAGAGAAAACGUGUGUAACUUGAAGCAUUAGAAAGUCAGUGGAGUGAGUUUAGUCAUGUCCAGAGUUUAAGUUCAGCAGAGAUGUCAUGUUUGCAGGUGAGCGUCCAAUCAGGGACUGAUGUAUUAAAAGUGUUGAUUCUGUGUCUGUGAUGAGUGUUACAGGGAUCUCCUAUUACACUCAUGGUGUGACACCCUUUAAGUCCAAAAUCAGAAUUAAAGCAUCUUUUCUGUCCAAAUAUAUUACAUUUCUGACUUUUUUCCUUUUUUUUCUUGUUUAUUGUAGAGGUUUCCUCAGAUGUCUCCCAGACCAUCGAAAAAGCAAACGCAGGCACAAGUAAGAUAAAAACUGAGCAAAGCAGGGCCUGGUGAAUCACACCAAAGAUUUAUGGAUGUUGUUAUGUUGUUACUAUAGAUUCAUAAAAGUGUGUUGGGUAUCGGUUUCUCUGUAGAGACCAAACUGAUCCAUGGCGACAUCUUACCAAGUCUGGGCAGGAAUGCAGACCGCUGCACAGACGGCGCCUGCCUGUGGCCUAAAAGUGGAAAAUACGUCUACGUACCUGUCGAUAUCUCACGCCAAUACAGUAAGUCUGAGCGACCUUUGACCCUUAAUAAUACAUCAAGAAGCGGAGACAUAGGUUUGUUAAUUGAUUGACAGCUAAUAAAAGUUGUAAUAGCAUGAAUAAUGGGAUAAAUUAAACUUUAAAGACAGUUUGAAGCAAAUUUAUGUUAGAAACAUAAAUAGAAAUUCAGGAUGAAGUUUAAUUUUCUGAAUAAUGAUCCAAAAAAAAAUCUGUAAAUUGUAAAAUAUGUGGAUGCAAGUGUAAAAAAUUUGAUUAUAAAGAAUCCAUAAAGUUGAGAUUUAGAUUAAGAUUGAUAUCAGUUGAUUGAUUGAUUGAUUUGCGGAAAGAAGAGUUACCUUCAGAGUGAAAACGUCUCCUCUGUCUCCUUCCUGUGUGUCUGCGGCAGACAACGAAGAGAAGAACAUCAUCAUCAACAGCCUGGUGAGCUUCCACAGAAGCACCUGCAUCCGCUUCGUCUGGAGACGCCGCCAACAUCGUAACUACAUCUACUUCUAUUCUGAUAACGGGUACGAGCACACACACCAACACACAAACACACCAACACACCAACACACCAACGAACCAACUCACCAACUCACCAACUCACCAACUCACCAACACACCAACACACCAACUCACCAACACACAAACACACCAACACACCAACACACCAACACACCAACGAACCAACUCACCAACUCACCAACACACCAACACACAAACACACCAACACACCAACGAACCAACACACCAACGAACCAACACACCAACACACCAACAAACCAACACACCAACUCAUCAACGAACCAACUCACCAACUCACCAACUCACCAACUCACCAACACACCAACUCACCAACACACCAACUCACCAACACACCAACACACCAACUCACCAACACACCAACACACCAACUCACCAACACACCAACAUACCAACACACCAACACACCAACUCACCAACUCACCAACACACCAACACACCAACUCACCAACACACCAACACACCAACACACCAACUCACCAACACACCAACUCACCAACUCACCAACACACCAACUCACCAACACACCAACACACCAACUCACCAACACACCAACACACCAACUCACCAACACACCAACACACCAACACACCAACUCACCAACACACCAACACACCAACUCACCAACACACCAACUGACCAACUCACCAACACACCAACUCACCAACUCACCAACACACCAACAAACCAACACACCAACACACCAACUCACCAACUCACCAACACACCAACGAACCAACGAACCAACUCACCUUCUUCUUCUGUAUUUUGUGGUUCAAUGAUGAAAUAUCCACCUGAAGAAGUGCAGCAGCGUUUUUUGAAGCAUGGUGUCACUGUGUGUGUUUCAGGUGUUUCUCCUACGUGGGCCGUCAGAACCGUGGACAGCCGAUCUCCCUCAGUCAAAGGGGAUGUUUGUACUUGGACACAGUUCAGCACGAGGUCCUCCACGCUCUGGGUUUCCACCACGAGCAAGUCCGCUCAGACAGAGAUGAGCACGUCACUAUCCUCACCCAGAACAUCCAGCCAGGUGGGGUCAUCAGCGGUGGUUUCUCAUUGGCUGGAUCGUUGGCGUAAAUCAGCCGAAGCCUCAGAGUAAGUCUGUGAUGAAGGAUAAUCCAGUUGAAGAUGUUUUUCUGCUUUCUCUUCUUGCAGGUACAGAAUCAAACUUCAGGAAGGAGCAGACGAAGAACCUGGGAACUCCGUACGACUUCAACUCUGUCAUGCAUUACAGCAAGUAAGUGUUUGUGUUCAUGUCCAUCGACUGACAUCCCAAAGUCAAAGUCAGAGUUAACACUGGGACUAAAACUGUUGUUUGUUUCUUCCCCCAGUUACGCUUUCUCCAAAAACGGUCGGCCAACCAUCGUGGCAAAAAAGAACCCCAACCUUGAGUUUGGACGCGCCCCAAGGAUGAGCCAAAACGAUAUCGACCGAGUCAACAAGCUUUACCGAUGCUUCGAGUAAAUAUUCACAAACUCUCUGUCACUAAGUUUCUCGUAUUUUAACGCUUGUUAUUCGACUUAAAUCUCUCUCUAGGAUCUUUAUCUGAUUUUAAACUUUAACUUUAUGGAUUCUUUGUAAUUUAACUGAGUGGUUUUUACCUACAAAAUCAAACAGCUUUUAAUUCAAUAGUAUUGUAGAACUUAAACCUGUUAAAACAUGAAGUCAUAAACUCCAGGUUUUUCUUUGUCAGGAGCCCACUGAAGUUUAAUUCUUCCUUAUUUAUCUCUUCUUUCCUUUAGUACAUGUAUAUUUUUAACACCAUGUCUUUGUAUCCAUUACUGCCAUGAUGUGGAACUAUUAUUUAAAAAUGAAAAUAAAAAAAAAUCAAUUAAUCAACAAAAGUGUGAUUGUACUUCUUUACCAAAAGGUGACAGUAUAACUCUACCAAUGUAACUGGGAUGUUCAGCACAUGUUACCUCUCACACUGGCAUGGCCUCCAUGAAGCUACUGGGAGGAGUUUAAACUGGUGGGUUCCUCUUUGGGACCCUCAAAGCUAAUAUGAGCACCAGAAACAAGAACUGUUCAUUUCUAUGGGGUACUUCUCAGACUGAGACUCUGAAAGGGGGCAGGUGUCAGAUGAGACUUUAAGGUGUUGUAGUCCGGAUCUGAGGAAGUUCCAGUUUUUAGGAGAAAUCUUGAAUGUAAACUCGACCCCUCCGAACCAGUUUUCCCCUCAGCUCCUCCCCUCCCUCUCUUAAGCCCCGCCCACAAACAGACGCUCCUGCUCGCUCGUAUCGUUCCAAUUAAAUUCAGAUAUAAUGCAGAUAAAUACUUCAGAUCAUUACAAAUGGGGCCCAGUCAAGGUGAAAGUCAAAAGCAUUGGUGCUACUGUAGAUGCCAACAGACUACCAGCAAACACAAUGUUUGCAGGACUUCUACAACGAGGAUAAAGUGACAUAGUCCAGGACCCGAGGGAGGACAGUUUAGCGAUGGCGCUACAACACGCUACAGCAGGUCCGUUUGACAAGAAACACUUCUGUUACAGACACUUGUCUUACUUUGUUAAAGCGGUUUACCUGUCCAGCAGAAAGGUUACAGGGUCACCAAGAUCCCCAAGCGUCCCCCAUGGUUUAUGUUGACCCGGCUUUUUAGCUCUUGUCCGGUCUACCUCCGUUUUAAGCGCCCGUUAUUCCUCCAGAGUCUCCGGUAUUUACUUUGUUUUCUUGCUUGUGUCGGCAGUCGUGGCCAAAGGAGGAUUCAGACAAUUUUCCGAACUUUCUGGUUGGUUUCUACUGUCCGAUAUUGUAGCACGCUAACUUUGUUUGGGCUCCUGAACGACACGGGGGAGCAGCGUCUGCCUCACAACCAAUCAGGUUAGAGGAGGUGGAGAACGGCUUUGUUUACAGUCAGAAAGAGCGGACCGCUCAAAAAUGUUCAAAUGUUGACGACACAGACAUAAGAGAACACAGAGAUAUCGAUAUAUUACCAAAUGUCAUCAAUAACUAAUUGAUUUUUUGUAAAUACACCAGAAAAUAAAAAGAUGCUUCUUGAAUGAAAUCCUGUCCACUCCACCUUUAAGGAGCUGUGGUCAAACUACAGAGCUCAGUGAGACGAGGGACUCGGGAUGGAGAGUGACUCUGGAUGAAGCCUUACAUGAGCCGCUGGUCUCGUCUGACUCAGUCCUGUUCUCGCUGAGUUCAACUCAUGAUUGGUUUGUGGGCUCUCUAAACUCCUGGACAUGGACUCACUUUUGGAAAAACUCUAAAUGGAGCAAAUACUCAGCAUGUGGGUCAGACUUUCUCCAGAUUUGUCAGAUGCAGAGUAGAAGUUGAUCUGGUCCAGCAGGGGUUAAUAGCUCGGCUUUGGUGCCGGUACUCCAGUUAGUUUCCUAACAAAGGGGCAGAGCCGACCAACAACCCCUACACUUCAGAGGACCGUAUACAACCACACAGAGCUGUACCUUUAACCUCACUCUUUCACUGUAAGUGGACCACUCAGAGUUGACCUGUGUGCUCAGGCAAAAAUUUAACAGACUUGUGGGAGAUGAAGGUUUUGAUCUCACCCAGAUUCAAGAACCAAGUGUUGGAUCUCCUACAGUGUUCAGCACUUUAUAAAUCAAAUGUUAAAAACAUGUGGUGGUUGAACAAAAACAGUCGAGCUGAUUGGCUGAAUCCAGCUCUUGAGUAAAUGCAUUUCAGUCACAUGUUCCUCCUGCUCCAACAGCAGGUUUGAUUCCAGCAUCACACCUCCUCACACCUCCACCUGCAGGUUAAACAGGACUGUGACGAACCGGCGUCACACUUUCACACCACCGAGUCAGCUCUGUCUAUUUCAGGCAGUUUUCAUUAGAGACAGAGGUUUCUCUACCCGGAUACAAAACCAUUUAUCCAGCAUGAAAACGCUUUAGACUGAACUCUUAUAUUAUUUUUAUCUAUGUGCUAUUUCUAAUAAUUCUAAUUCUAAUAAUUUUGAGAACAUUAAAACACAUCGGCCAUUUGUCUUCAUAGACGAUAAACAGAAAAACAGGACAGGAAACAAACCAAGGUGCUUUAUUUUGAUAUCUAAUUUAGACUCUGAAACACUUAUCCUGUUUCUGGUUUUGGAACGAAAAAGAAAAUCAUUAUUCUUUUGUUUCUGGUUCACAAAUGAAUCGAAUUAUCUGAUGAGAAAACAAGCAGAUUUAACUUGUGGGAAUUUUCAGAAUAAAAGUGCAGAUGAUAAGAAAAUUAUGCUUCAUAUCAGGAAAAAAUAAUAAUCAGGAAAAUCCACAUCAGCUGCGUUUAAGACCGUUUUUGUUAUCUUAAGUUUACUCGACAUCACUUCACGGUAAAAAGGGAAAACAAUGAUCCUGUUUCUGGUUUUCAAACAGAAAGAAACUCUGAUUGUUUUAUUUCAUUUCCAAAAUCCUAAAGAGAAAUAUCACAGAUGUAACAGGACCGAGGACCCAAAUCAGAAUUUGAAUGGUCCGACUUCCCGGCUGUAAAAGACGGUCCAAACAGACAGAUGAGUGCAGAGAGUCUGAGCAGACAGGAGGUCCAAACCCAGCAGAGAGCAGAAAUGAGGGGAAAGAACAGAUGGCUGAACAUAAGCACACAGUGAGAGGAAGGACGAGAGCCGCAGAGGUUACACGCUCAAGACUGAUGAUACGGGCCUGUCAGCAGGGGGUCUGCUGGACAGGUCUGGAGAGUUACUCAGAUUUAUACCUGAACUGAAUACUCAACUCUGAUUGGCUGAAGAGUGAAAGUGUCUAAAGCUGCUGUGAGGGAUAAACGAAGGUCACUUCAAGUCCAAACUCAAACGAGUCCAACAAGAGUCCAACCUCCUAAUGGUCGCUACCUUUGUGCAAAACCAUGAUAAGAACAGGAAACAGUUAAGAGUGGAACCUCCCACCGUUGACGGAUAGAUUGAAAUUGUUUAUGAGAUGAGAUCUGGACCAAAAGGACGGAGUAUAUGAAACCAAUCAGAUCUGAUUUUAUUGGACAUCACCUGUGCUUCAUGUAACCUCCAAUUUCCACUGAUCCUGAGACUUCUGCAGUAAAAAGGAGCUCAUGUUGGUUUUUCAGAAACUUCAAACUGUCUCGUAUUUUGCUAACCUUUAUGACAGAGUCUAUCUCGGUUAUCUGAGUUUUAGCAUAACAACUCUGGAGCAGUACCUCCAAUUUCCUUUGUGUCUGGGACGGCUACUAAAAGGUCGUAUCCUCCGAUCGUAGCUGAUCGUAACCAUUCAAGUUAACGUGUCAAUUUACACCGACUUCUUUCCGUUCCUCUGCGGAUCGCCGGACUCCUCAGCUGAUCACAAGAGUUCUAUUUUUUCUGGACGCCGGAGCAUGGCGGAUAAAUUCAGCACAGAUUAACCCGUGCUGGAAAGGAAGUCGGGCACAGACGAACAACCUUGGAGACGAACAAGUGAAAGGUUUUUAGACGUCAUUUCACCCCGAUGACACCAUGGAUGAGGAGAUGCUGAUUCUAGAAGUCUAGAAGUAGAUUUCCUCCUCUGGAAGGACACAGUCUACUGCUUAUAUGGUUAGCCUCUGUGGCUAAAGACAACUUGUUCUCGCACGAUUGCACGUGAAUCCACGGGUUCUUGUGAGUUCUCACGAUUCCUGCUGUCCGCAGCCCGCCACGAAAUUCACUUCACAAACGGAUCUGGUAGGAAUUGGCGUAAGACAAAAAUUGCUGCUGUUCCGGAUGCGGUGGAAAUCCAGGGUAAAACUUACCCUCUGUUUUUUAUUUUUAUUUAUUUAUAUAUUAUUAUCAUUUUUCUUUCCCUUCCUGCGUGUGUGAGGUAUUGAUUGCUCUGUUGUUUUUCUGCUUCCACCUGGAAUAGCUCGGGUCCGUGGGAGAACGUUACAGAAAGGCAGUAUAGACAACAUGACUGUGUCCUUGGCCCGUGUAAAACCAGGCUGGACCAGAACACAGACGGAGUGAACUGAGGCAGCAGACCUGCAGGGGAUGAACAAAGAGCCUCUGCUUUUGGACCAAAUCCUGGAAAGUGGGUUUCUCUCUUUCCCUGAAAUUUCUUGGAGAGCUGAAAAUCUUCCAACUUCAUCAUCCAGCUGGUCGCAGACAUCAACUGUACGGGCCGACCACAUAAACAGAUCCAUUUCUCUCUCUCGCUCCAUCUGAAGUGACUCAUCACUCGGCAGCGCUUGGACCCGUCUCCCCAGCUCGGCUCGCUCUCAUCGUUUUCCCGGGCAAAAACUAAAAUUAGGUGAGAUUUUAAGAGGCGGCAUGAAGCGUCUCUCCACAGAGAGCUUUAUUUUGAAAGGCAUCCCUCUCAUCUGAUGUGCUGCAGGCGGCCUCGCGCUCACAUAUGGGUACAAAUGUGUACAGACAAACAAACACAGGUAGUCCCUACGGUUCGACUGAUGUGUGUGUGUGUGUGAGAGAGAGAGAGAGAGAGAGAGGAAUCUGGUUUGUAGUGGAUCUUACAUGACUUCUCGGCUCACGUGAUCGAUGAUUUUCUGGGGAGUUUUUCUUCACGAGGAUCAUCAGUAACUUUGAGAUGAUUCAUCCCGGAUGACAUUUCCUUUCAGCCUCGCUGUAGAAGAAUCUGUUGGCAGCAAAGUUAAUGCUAACUGACUGAUGUACAGUUUAUAUAAUUCUGAUGUUAGCUCUGUGUCAGACGGUUUGAAUCAGUGAGUAGAAAAGAAAAACUCAUUUAAAGAUGAUAAUAACUCACCGUUUCUCAUCACAUCCUCCUGGAUCUCCUCUGGUGUUCCCCAGAGUUCCUCUCUGGGCCCCGUCUCUUCUUUAAUAACUAGGUGUGUAACGAUUCAUCUACGACAUCCAUGUAUCGAUUUAUAUUCCUAUGAUCCAACUCUAUCGAUCUGUGCUCGACAUAUAUCGAUCUAAUGUCAUUUUUAAAAUGUAAUUAAUCGUUUGUAUUGAUACUAAGAAAUAACUCAACAGGUUUAAUAACAAUAAAGACAUAAAUAAAGUGUUACUCGAUUCAGUCUACCUGUCUGUGACGUCAUCGCCACGCGCCAGCAGACAACAAAACAUAGCAUGGCGGGUGGCGGAGGUGAAGUCGGCGAGCGAGAAAUGAUCAAGCCGCCAUUGAGGUCCAGUGUUUGUCGUGUUUGUAUGAUUUCAAUGGUGAAAAACAGAAAUGUUGAAUUCACUAACCGCACUUUCAUUAAAAAUUUAUUGAAUAUUUAAACUAAGAACAGAAAAGGUUGAUCUCCUGUUAGACUUUAUUUAAAUAAAAUGUAAAUACAUUUGCUUUUAACUGUUGUUUACUUCUUUGUUUAUAAACAUAACUAACUGAUACCUGAUUACAAGAAACAACAGGAAUCUAAGAAUGUCACCUGCUCUGUCCAGUAUCCAUGUUUUUAUUUCACAGUCACACUGACUGAAUUUUUUAAUAAAAAGUUACUGAAUCGUUUCAGACUGUUUUGUUUUAAAUGAACCAAAACCGUCAUGAACGAAUCAUCGAAUUGAAUCGUUGUGAAAUGAAUCGAUUUCUAUCAUGAUUCGUUCAUGAUAAGAAUCGAAUCGUUACACCCUGAUUAAUUACGUUCUUCCUCUUGGUCAUAUCUUCUGUUACGCCGAUGACUCCCUGCUCUACCUUUUCAUCAAGUCCAGCUCCUUCCUCUGUCAAUCAAAGAAAUCAAAUCAUGUGUUACGACCAGCUCGUUAGGGGAGAAGGGAAGCAACAUAAAACCGACCAGAUGUUAAAUGAUCAAAUCAAGUUAUUUAUUAACAAAAGUAAAAUUGGCAAUAACAAAAAAAAAGAGAGGCAGCAAAGGCCUUAAGGCGGCCGUAACAUCCUGGUUCUUUCAAAACUUCCUAAAACUCAACGGUGAUAAAACCAAAGAUCUUCUUAUUGGCACUGAAUCCACUUUUACCAAACCCGACAGUUCUUCCCCUCGGGUUGAGAGCUCUCUCCACCUCACUGUCCCACCCGUCGCUCUGCUCCCCGACUCUGGAGCUCCCUCCCUCCACACAUCUGUUAUAUUAAUCAUGUUUUGUUGACUCAUUUAUUUGUCUUCUUCUAACCUCCUCGACUUUGAAAGGCACCUAUAAAUAAAGUGCAUCAUUUUAACUCACCGGUAUCUUGAAGACGGUGAUAUCAUGUAAUCAGGUCAGACUAAUAACCCUCUCUGUGUUCGCCUCGCUCUGUAGGACAGGUCUCAGUUCAUUCAUAUUCAGCAGCUCAGCUCCGUCUCUCUGGAGUCCUCCUCCCUGAACGGCCUCAUGGGAGCUGGACCUUCAGGCGCUGAUUUCCGCUGA